AUGACCAAAGUUCUCCUCACUGGUGGCUCAGGCUUCAUUGCCGCACACUGCCUCGAGCAACUGCUCGCCAAGAACCACACAGUCGUCACCACAGUCCGCACAGACGCCAAGCGUCAGGCCAUCCUCGACGCCUACCCCGACGCCGUGGCCGCCUCGCGCCUCGACGUCCACAUUGUCCCCGACAUUGCCCAGCUCGACGCCUUCAACCAAGUCCUCCAAGUCCCCGGCCUCCAGGCCGUCCUCCACACCGCGAGCCCCUUUCACUUCCACUGGUCCGACCCGCAAACGGAGCUCAUCGACCCCGCCGUCAACGGCACCACGGGCAUCCUCCAGGCCAUCCAUGCCCACGGCAAAGACGUCCGGCGCGUCGUCGUCACGUCCAGCUUCGCGGCCAUCCUGGACGAGACCAAGUUCGCCGACCCCACGCACACCUUCACCGAGGCCUCGUGGAACCCAUCCACCGUGGAAAACAUUCACGACUCCAAGCCGACGGCGUACCGCGUCAGCAAGACCCUCGCCGAGCGCGCUGCGUGGGACUUUGUCGACAGGGAGAAACCCGCCUUUGACCUCGUCACCGUCUGCCCGCCUCUCGUCUUCGGACCCGUCGUGCACCACCUCGCCACGUUGGAGAACAUUAACACCUCCAACGAGCGCAUCGUGACGCUCCUCAAGGGGGGUUGGAAGGACAAGAUCCCCGACACGGGCGCCGUGCCGCUCUGGGUGGACGUCCGAGACGUGGCGCGCGCGCAUGUCGUGGCCAUGGGGAAGAAGGAGCUGGGUGGCCAGAGGCUCUUUACCACACCGGGAUGCAUGUCGCACAGGGAGAUUGUCGACAUUGUGCGGCGCAAGUUUCCUGAAUUCAAGGACCGCCUGCCUGCUGAGAGCGUGCAGGGUGGUGAGAGGCCCAAGGAUAGCGAGAUGUUCUCGUAUGAUGUGAGCAAGACCGAUAAGUUGCUGGGCAUCGAGUGGAUUGGGCUGGAAAAGAGCAUUGGCGACCUGGUCGAGUCCCUCAAGGGCAAGGGGAUCUAG